CUGCAGUUGGGAAUAGUUGACCCGAUUCCAACGCAUCUUAUCAGAUCUUAUACUAGUGGUUAGCAGUUAGCAUGUCAAGGAAAAUCAACAUGGACCUACAACGGUAUUGGUAGUAUUGUACGGAAGCACACCAACAUGCUAUUUUAAGUUUGAUAGCAAACACUGGCAUAUCAACAAGCUAAGAAGUUUGUAAAAUUCAAAGUGAUUAACGAAUUUUAGAAUCACAGUAUAUAGAUUUCACGAAGAAUUAAAAGCAGAUUGCUACUAAAAUAUUCACACCAAAAAAUUAAAGAUAUAAUUUUAAAUAGUUUUUAACUCGGAUCUACUUAACAUCAAUAUUCUAACAAUUGUGUGACACCCAACAAUAAAGCGAUGGCAGAGGAUAGAACCAAUGAUAGUGAAGAGUUUCACUUGCAUUUGGCAAUUCGCAAAGGGCACAGUUCUGUUGUUAGAAUUUUACUUGAAGGUGGAAUCAAUGUGAAUCAGCAAAUAAAAGGUGGUCUAACAGCCUUGCACUUGGCAGCAAAGAGGGGGCAUUUAGAAAUAGUUGAAAACCUUUUAAGUUUCAACGCCAAUAUAAACUGUAUUGACGAAUCGGGGAAAUCUCCUCUUCACUUGGCUAUAGAGGGUGGCCACAGUAAAGUAUGUAAACUGUUGCUUGAAAAGGGGGCAGACGUAAAUAUUGAAACAGAAUGUGGACUUACUGCUCUCCAUGUAGCCGCCUUGCGAGGUCAUCAACAUGUUGUUGCUCUUCUAAUAGAACACGGGGCAAACAUAGAGAAAAAAGACGGAGAUGAAAGAGCGCCUCUUCAUUAUGCAAUCGAAGGAAGACACUGCGCAGUCGUCAAGACACUAUUGGAGAAAGGCGCUGAUGUAAUGUCCAAAGGUAAACUAGGGUUGACUCCUCUUCAUGUUUCAUCCCAAAGAGGGUAUACAAGUACGUUGGAUAUAGUUUUGAAAUACGGUGCUGAUAUAGAGGCAAAAGAUGACUUUCAUAGAACCGCCCUAUGUUUAUCAGUCUUUGAAGGAAACUCCAGCGUAGUUCAACUUUUACUAGAAUCUGGCUGUAAAAUUGAUUAUAAAAACUCAAACGGAUUGACACUCCUUCAUAUUGCAGCCCAACGAGGUCAUUGUAGCAUACUUGAGAAGUUACUGCAGUUCAACGCUGAAGUAGAAGCUAAAGACUUGCAAGGAAGAUCCCCUUUACAUACAGCCAUAGAGGAAGGACAACGAAGUAUUGUCAAGCUGUUAUUGGAACGAAAAGCUAACUUGGAAUCUCGUACCAAAAAUGGUUCAACUCCUCUGCAUAUUGCGAUCAGAAUAUCACCACGCAUUGUCGAAGACUUACUAGAACAUGGAGCAAACAUUGACUGUAGAAAUGAUAAUGGAAGAACCCCUCUUCAUCUUGCUUGUAUUUACAAUGAGAGAGAAUCUGCUUCUAUUCUUCUGAAGUUUGGAGCUGAUGUGAAUGCUGUCUGUAGUAGUGGAAGGGUUCCGUACGAUUACAUAGAUUGUCAUUACGUUGACUACAACGAGGAAACGAGACUAACUAGACGAAUGUUAACUGGGCCAAACUCGAUUGUAAAUCUACUCAAAGAGCACAUGGUGAAACUAAAAUUGGCAGGGUUGGCAUUGCAUGAAAAGAAUCUAAAUGUAGUCGAGAGCUGCAAACAUCCGAGUCCUAUUCAUAUGUACAUUCUAAGCUGUGAAGAUGAAAUAGAAAUUAUGAAAACCACUCGAAUAGGAUACGGUAAUCUCACUUAUUAUGAUAUAUUAAAACAGUUAAAGGAUCCGAUUUAUAUCGCCAACGCCAGUUUUGUAGAGACAUUGGAAUUGACUGAUUUAAAGCAUGUUGUGCCAAUUUAUUCAGAUACUUUGAACAAUCUCUUGAAAAAUGCUAAGCUCAGAUACAAACUAAUAAAUAUGGCUUUGACGUCACUUUGCAAUCUGAUUGCCUUUAGCGUAAUUUGUUUACCACGACUUCCCAAUGAAAUGGUCAGAUUAGUAUUAGCUAAGUUGAACAAUACAGAUCUAAUGAACGUCAUAUCCAGUGAUGAAUCAUUGCAAGAGGAUUGUUCUGGAAAAUAAAUGGAAAAAAUGAUAAAAUCGAUUUAUUGUAGUUCUUUUAAUUUUUGGCAAAUACAAAAAUGUGUUUAUUUAUAA